AUGGCAUCUGGAGAACGGUUGGCUUCUACGCCAGAACCCAGUGAAGAAGGGCAACACGUUUCUUUUCUUAUUCCGAGCCAGAAUUUUAAAACUUCAACACGUACACCAUCUCUGCUCUCGGUCUCUUCGACCAAUUUUACACUCAGACCACCGCGUUAUCACAAGUUAUAUCAACCGUCACGACGCGAACAAUGGGCAGUACAACUUGACAACUCGGAACUAGGAAGUAUAUGGAAGCUGGUGGACGCUGCUCUCAAUAUUCUCCUGUGCGGAAUAUACAUCUCGAAUACCCCAUACUUUAGGCGCAAACUUCCAACACAUAACGUUUUAUUUGAAUUUACGGUGACCAUAUUAUUAAUAUUGGAAUACAUUCCGAAAUUCUAUAUUGCAAAUUUCACUUCCUGGCGAUCAUUAUUCACGCACGUAUCACCAAUUCUCACCUUCUUGACGGUGUAUCCGGUUUUCAGUGUGGCCAGUGAUUCGAAUUUCAAGGAUUCACCUGAACUUGUGUUCUUGUAUCCGUUUCGAUUCAUUCGAUGCCAUUUUUCAGUGCGCGAUUGUUUUAUUAGAAGUGAGAAAUCGGUGUUGAGAUUAGGCCAAGUGACUAGUAAAGUGCUGAUCUUUGUUGAAUCGAUUAUGUUCCUCGUAUUGACUGGUUCUUCGCUUCUAUAUGGCGUGGAAUUUGUGUACAAGGAUGCAACCCUUUCUUUUUUGGAUGCCGUUUUCUUUACAACUAUUAUGUUGGGAACUGUUGGAUAUUUAAGUGAUAUAGUACCAGACUCGGCCUUUCCUCGAAUUCUUUUAUUGGUAAUAUUUACAAUGGGUCUUAUAUUUAUUCCGUAUUCCAUAUCAGAAUUAACAAUAUUAUUACGUUCCAAAUCGCCAUAUGACAAAGCUUUUCGAAAAAUCUCUCCGCAACCUCAUGUUAUUAUUAUAACGCCGACGAUUGAAUUGCCAUCAUUAAGACACUUCUUAAAAGAAUUUUAUUCUUUGGCGCAUGGACCGGGAAUUAUAAAUACUAAGGUCGUGAUCUUAAAUCCUGUUGAUCCCAUUGAUCGGAUAAAAACAUUUUUAUCGGAUCCGAUGUACGCUCAUAGAGUUCAAUACGUCCGUGGAAGUUCGCUCGAUUCGCGUAGCUUAAAAAAGGUUAAGGCAAAAGAUGCGUCGGCGUAUUUUAUACUCGCCAAAAAAUACACGCAACAAAGUGAAUCGAUUGAUGCUGAAAAUGUGUUGAAAGCAAUGGCACUAAGAAAAUAUGACGAAGGACCUAAACUUUAUAUUCAGUGCAUUCUUCCGGAGAAUAAAGUUCAUUUCGAGAGUUUGAACCCCGAACAAAUCAUAUGCAUCGAUGAACUAAAAUUGGCCAUUCUCGCACAUUCGUGCUUGACUCCUGGAUUUUCUACUCUCUUGUACGGUCUUACUACAUCAUUUACAAGUGAAUCUGUACACGAGUUAAGAUACAUGAAACGUAGAAAAUCCCUCGGACUAGAUCAUGAUUCUAUAGAAGAUUAUAUUUCCGGACUAUCUCAAUGCAUUUAUACUACUACAUUAUCGGAUGCUUAUUCUGGACAGACAUUUCUUUCUGUUACUGAAAACAUGUAUGAAAUAAUGGGGGUGGUGUUAUUUGCAAUUGGAAUUCCCAAACAGCAUUCUAAUUAUAGUGAUGAGUGGAAUGAACAGUAUGAUAAGUAUCAAGAUUUCAAAAAUUAUAUAGUGCUCAUAAAUCCCGGUGAUUAUAUAGUAAAGGGAGAUGAAAUUGGAUUUAUUAUCGCUUCUGAUGCUUCAAUAGUCGAUGGAACAGCACAAUCAUAUAAUAAAACUCAAAUAGUAACAAAUGUCACAAGAAAUGUUUCGACCGAGAGUCAACCAUUAUUAUCUGUUAACUCACUCAAGAACAGUGGUGGAUAUUUUGACAUCAAUAAAAAAUAUGGAUCAGCUAAUUCAAGAACACCUGAUCAACUUGAAUAUCCACAUAAGCCGGAAUCAACACCGUCAAUAAGACGUCAACGCGAAGGCUCCGUAAUUGAAAAUAUUUCUGAUCAUAUAAUUCUAUGUGAUUACUCGCAAACCAUUUUCCCGCGUAAUCUCGACUGUUUUGUUAGUCCUUUGCGUAAAUCAUAUCUUGGUAAAAUUACACCAAUAGUGAUUCUGUCGCCAGCUAGACCAAAUCAAAGUCAAUUUCGAAUCUUAAGUCAGUUUCAUCAGGUAUAUUUUGUGCAGGGAAAUCCCAUGACGAGAGAAGGUCUAGAGAGUGGUAGAGUCACUCAUGCUAAACAAGCGGUAAACAUUGAUUUAUUUAUGCAAAAUGGCGAAAAAACGGAAGACGCACCUGCAAUGUUAGUCUUUUUGAAUAUUAAAGCUAUGUGCGGCGAGAAGAUUCAAGUAUUUGUAGAAUUUGUUCAUACAGAUAAUAUGAAAUUCAUGUCUGAAGAUACCGCGGCUAUAGAUAAAGAGAUGCAGGCACAUCAUUCGCCCGCGUUUAUGGCAGGAACCUGUUUUUCAUUAUCCAUGUUAGACAGUAUAAUUUGUCAAUCAUAUUACCAGCCACAUAUAGUAGCAAUAAUUCAUCAAAUGUUAUUUGGGGCACCGCCCCUGCAACUACCUUCCGGUACAAUAUUGUCAGCACCAGCCCACUCGCAUGUUUUCCAAAUACCUAUGCCACAAGCAUACGUUGGCGCUCAAUAUUGCGAACUGUUUCGGGACAUGCUUGGGAAGAAAGUGGUACCGCUAGGUUUAUAUCGUACACGAACAGCAAAAACCUCCUCAGGCGAUCUGAAGGAACUAAA